UCUCAGAUGACUCUGAUCAACCGGUUCAGAAGAGAGUCUCUGAGCUACACCAGCAAACAAGGCCUGUGCCAGGCGGCUCGUGAUGCCCACUGGCUCCAGAUUCCUGGAUUAUCGAAAAUCAAUCACCCCAGAUGCUACGUUCUGAUGAAAGGCGGAGACACCAAGUCGUUCCUCAAAGAUUUCGGAUUAACCGCCGCUAUUUCCUUGCUUAAGUGGGUGGUGAAGACCAAUAUAACCGGCGAAUGCAGGAUUGUGAGCGAAACUGGAAAAAUCCCAAUGAAGAUCUUCGACUUUGCCAUUGCCGAAUGCUACAAGUUUAUAAAAAAAGAAAAACACCAGGACAUUGACGAGGAAAUUCGUGAGGCUUUGGAGAUCGAGUGGCACGAGUUUCUGGAUCAGUAUUACAAAACGGUUCAUGUGGGCAACCACUUCAAGUUGAUGGAUAAAACCAUCCAUCCUUGCACGGAAGCAAAGGACAUGGUUCGCAAGGCCAACUACCUGCUGAACCAACUCAGGGAGCACAUUCCCACGCUGGAGAUGGAUGGGUACAUGAACAUUUGGAUACUCAAGCCAACCAACAGCAGUCGGGGCCAAGGCAUCCACAUCUGCCGCACUUUGCAGUAUAUUCUGGAUGUUGUUAAGAAGAACCCGAACCGGAGGUAUAUUAUUCAGAAGUACAUAGAGAGGCCGAUGCUUAUUCACGACACCAAGUUCGAUAUAAGGCAGUGGUUUUUAGUGAGCAGCUCCGAUCCGUUAGUGAUCUGGAUUUAUAGAGUGUGCUACUUGCGGUUCAGCUCCCAAACCUACAAUUUGAGGAAGCUUGACGAGUCAAUUCACUUGACGAACAAUUCCGUGCAAGCAAAGUAUCUGCAGCACGGUACCAAAGACCCUCUAUUGCCCUCAUAUGCUAUGUGGGACUCCAAGGAAUUCAAGAUGUACCUUUCGGACAUUGGGUACCCGCAGAUAUUCGAAACGGCGAUUUACCCGAGCAUGAAGCAAUCCAUUAUUGGCGCUAUGUUGGCACAUCGCGACAAAAUCGACAACAGAAAAAAUUGCUUUGAGCUGUACGGCGCUGACUUCAUGUUAGCUGAGAGCUUCGAGCCCUGGCUGUUGGAAAUCAACUCAAACCCUGCGCUUCACGCGUCAACGCCUGUUACAGCCAAACUGUGCCCCCAGGUGCUGGAAGACGUCAUCAAAGUCGUAGUGGAUUAUGCCAGAAACCCAAAGUCCAGCACGGGAAACUUUGAAUUGAUCUACCAAGAAAAGGGGGAUGUGCGGGCAGUGAAACCAAACCAGAAAUUUCAACUAACCGGUUUUCCGCUUUCGGAAAACUACUUUUGUGACCUGGAGGAACCGCCGCUGGAACACAACGCGAUGGUUCCCAAAAGGUUUGAGACCCCCGACCCAGGGAAAUAUCUGCUGCAAACCGGGCAAACAAUGAAAGAAGCUCUGAAGAACCUGCUGGAGAUUGUUAAGCGCGAAAAAUCAAAAAGGGGCUCAAGGCGGGAAAAGUGCAUCGAAGCGAAGCUCGCAGCGUAUGACUCCUGCAAUCAGACUCACUCAGAAGUGAUAUCGCUGUUUCAAAAUCUCACACUUUCCCAAAAACUUGAUGAGUUGGAGAGCGACGACAAUUUGACGGAAAAUGAGAGCAGGAGGGUGACUGAGGUGCUGAGCGAGAUCAAGAACAUGCACAAUAAAAAACGUCUGCUGACUAGUUUAGUUCAAGUAGUGGAUACGCUGAAAAAUGCAAAAAAGGGGCCGUAAUAAAUGAGUUUGGAACGUA